AUGUAUGAUGAAAAUGGUGAUAAAGUUAAAUUGUGGGGUUAUAAAGCCUUGGCCAAUAAAAAAACGAGAAGACGUAUCAAUGACUCAAAAGAUGUUGGACCUAUUAGACCUAUUGAAUUAUUUAAAUUACAUCUAGGAAGAGAUAUAGAAACUUCAGAAAACUUGGAAUCAAGAUUAAACGAAGUUUCUACACAGAAUAGAAUCAAUUAUAAAAAGGCUGUUGCUGAUUAUUUGAGUGAAAUGGCACCUUUCAGAACUCCUUUUGUCAGAAGAUUAGGCACACAUCCAGCACCUUCUGUCAGAAGAUUAAGUACGCCGAGCUUCGCAGAGAUUAGGCAAGAAUUUUGA